AUGCCGCCGAUAACAUCACCACGGCGCACGGCAUUCACGCACGUCGCCCCGCCCCACGCGCACCCCGGCGCGAGACCAAUACCCGGGCCUCACGGGGGCGGCGGCUCGUCCUCGUCGGGCGGUAGCGCGUCGGCGUCGAGCAGCCCACACCGGCACGCGUCGGCAGCGGCGGCAGCAGCGCACGCGUCGCUGGCCGCCGUCGCGGCCGCCGCAGCGUCAGUGUCCUCGUCGUCGCCCUCGACGGGCACGUCGCCCAAUGGCUUCUCAACCUCGCCGCGCAACAACAACAUUCCCCACCCAGCACCAUACAUGGUCGCGCUGGCCGGCUGGCCCGAGCCGGUGUUUGUCGCCGAGGCCCGCGACAUGUGGGAGAAGCGCAAGGCGUCGCGGCCCGGCUCGCCCACCGGCCGCAUGGCGCCCUUUGGCGCGAUGGAGGUGCGCGACGGCAUGGCGCUGCCACCGCCUCUGGCCGCGCUGGACCCCUCGUCGGGGCCGUACCGCGGCGCGCUGUCAAUGUCGCGCUCGGGGUCGACAAACGACCCAUUACACCGGUCGCGGGGGGGCUCGCCGAGCGCCGCGCCCAGCCCGGGACGGCACGCCGCGAGCCCCGCAUUCCCCACCUCGUCGGCACGCGACAAUCCGUCCUCGCCGCCCGACGGCGCGACGCCCCCGCCCCCGCCCGCCGAGGGCGAGCCCCUCGGCCCGCCCCCCGUCCCGGCGCAUGCUAGGGGGGCCGACGCCGCGCGCCCCCGCAGGCUGGUAGGCGGCUUCACGGACCCGCGGUACGGGCUCAACGCGGCGGCCGUCGGGCGGACGGCGAACCGCGCCGCGCUGCGCGUCGCCCCGGCGUGGCACUCGGCCGGCACGGCGUCCCACGCGACGCCGCCGUACGCGGGCACACAUGGCCCUGUUGGUCCUGGCGCCGGCCGCGGUGGUGGCAGCGGCGCGGCGGGUGCUCACCGCACGCGGACGCCGGGGACCAUGUCGCCUCCAGCGCUGCCAGGCCACGCGACGAGCAGCCUGCGUACCCAGCGCGCUGGGGCAGCGGCGCACCGCGCCAAUCCCGAGGUGUACCCCCCGCCGAAUGCGACGGCAGCAGCUGCAGCUGCAGGUGCAGCAGCCCCAGCCCCGCACAUGGCCACGGCGGUCUACCCCCGCGACCCGGACAGCCCGUUCAUGUGGCAGGGUCUCAGCGCGCCGACGAGCGCCAACGCCAGCACGGCGGCGAGCCCGGCCAACAGGAGCGACGAGGGGUCCCCGAGAGUAGGGGACGAGGAGGGCAUGGACGUUGACGACGAGUAG